UUUGUCUCAUCACCAUCACACACCUGUAAAUGAAGGAGGAGUCCAGACAAGCGGGGAUGAAAUAAAAGUGCCCGCAGCUUAAAGGAUGCAGUGAAGCUGCUCGAGUCGAGAUAAAGAGCUCAACAUGGCGAACUGCAUUGUCAACUACGGCUUUUCAGCCUUCAUACUGUUUGUGUGGAUGGCCAUCAACAUCUUCCUUUUUGUGUAUUUUUAUUUCUUCUACGACUUGGGCCCGCAGUUCUUCUACACGCGUCAUCUUUUAGGGUCUGCUUUGCCUUGGGCCAGAGCUCCUGCAGCUGUCCUCAACUUUAACUGCAUGCUCAUCCUCCUCCCAGUGUGCAGGAACCUGCUGUCUCUGCUCCGAGGCUCUUUUGUGCGUUGCAGCAGAACAAUGAGGAAACAAUUGGACAAGAAUUUGACUUUCCACAAGCUGGUGGCAUACACGAUCGCUCUGAUGACAGCUGUUCAUACGAUCGCUCACUUGUUCAACCUGGAGCGGUUCAACAACAGUAGACAAGGUCUUGGCGACGAGCUCAGCGCCGCUCUGUCCGAGCUGGCUGACACAGAAAACACCACCUACCUGAAUCCAGUCCGUAUAACCAACCUCGAUCCUCAGCAGAUUCCCACCUACUUUGCCUUCACCACCAUCGCCGGCCUCACCGGUGUCGUCAUCACUCUCGCGCUCAUCCUCAUCGUCACCUCCUCCAUGGAGGUCAUCAGACGCAGCUACUUUGAAGUGUUCUGGUACACGCACCACCUCUUCAUCGUCUUCUUCGCCGGUCUCGUCUUCCACGGAGCCGGGCGCAUUGUGAGGAGCCAGCAGAGGACAAAUCCGCCACACAACACAACUUUUUGUAAAGAUCGCCCUGAUGACUGGGGACGGAUUCCUGAGUGUCCCAUCCCUCAGUUUGCAGGAGGGUUUCCACAGACCUGGAUGUAUGUGAUUGGCCCGAUGGUUAUUUAUCUCUGUGAGCGCCUGGUUCGUUUCAUUCGUUACAUGCAGAGAGUCCGAUACAAGAAGAUCGUCAUGCGACCCUCUAAAGUGCUGGAGCUGCAGCUGAUAAAGAAUGGUUUCAAAAUGGACGUGGGUCAGUACGUCUUCGUCAACUGCCCAGCCAUCUCACAGCUGGAGUGGCACCCGUUCACCAUGACGUCUGCGCCCGAGGAGGAUUUCUUCAGCGUCCACAUCCGCUCGGCAGGCGACUGGACCGACAAACUCAUUGAAAUCAUGAAGAAGGUACCAGAGGGAGCAGAGGGACCCAAGUUGGGCGUGGAUGGACCUUUUGGCACAGCCAGCGAGGACGUGUUCGACUACGAGGUCAGCAUGCUGAUCGGUGCUGGCAUCGGUGUCACUCCGUUCGCCUCCAUCCUCAAGUCCAUCUGGUACAAGUUCAAAGACUCUGAUCCUAAACUGCGCACCAGGAAGAUUUAUUUCUACUGGCUCUGUCGGGAAACGCACGCCUUUGAGUGGUUUGCCGACCUUCUACAGGUGCUGGAGAAAGAGAUGGAGGAGAGAGGCAUGGGGGAUUUCCUCACCUAUAAACUCUACUUGACUGGAUGGGAUCAGAGCCACGCUACUCACGUUAUGGUUCACUUUGAUAAGGACACGGAUGUAGUCACUGGGCUCAAACAGAAGACUCACUAUGGCCGGCCCAUCUGGGACAAGGAGUUUGAACAAGUCCGCAUAGAGAACCCCACGUAA